ACUUCUCUCUGUCUCCCAAAUGCCACAGCAGGCGAGUUCCUAUGGAAACCGGUGUCAGAGAGAGCCCCCUGUUUUUACCUGGUGACAUUAACCGUUGUCUUGGCCUCAUCUCCCAUCCCCACCUCGGAGAGCUGAUGUUUGGGAGCAGGGCGGAGUCUGGCCACUCACCACGGCCCUUUACCAGUGACUGUUGGUGGUGCCAUGGGAUCAAGUAGAUCCAACAGGUACAGCAAUGUGUCUGGCAUCUUACAAGACGAACGCCACAAGAUCUCUAGUUUAGGACUCUGUAACGGACAUCCUUCGCCCAAAUUUAGACUGCACGCGCCCUGCAUCUCAGAAGCAGAAGACAGUAGGAGGAGGUCGGGAGCCUCCGCCAUCCUGCCCAGGGAAGAAGGAGAUAUGAACAACUACAACGGGAAGGUUCUGACAAGAGGCUCCAACCAAGUGCGGAGCCGCUUUGUGAAGAAAAAUGGACAGUGUAACGUGGUUUUCAGCAACAUGGAGGAAAGGAGGCAGCGCUACCUGGCCGAUAUCUUCACCACCUGUGUGGAUAUCCGCUGGAGGUACCUGCUGCUCAUAUUCUGCACCAGCUUUGUGGUCUCUUGGCUGUUUUUUGGGAUAAUCUUUUUCAGUGUUUCGCUGGCCCACGGGGACUUUGACGAGCCGCCCACGCUGAAGGGCGACGGGCUGGCGGUGGGAGGCCUGCAUGGACCCGCCGCUGGACACACAGCCGGAGGGCAGAGGAUGCCCUGCAUACUUCACGUCCAGGGGUUUGUGGGGGCGCUCCUGUUCUCCAUGGAGACCCAGACCACCAUCGGUUACGGCUGGCGCUGCGUCACCGAGGAGUGUCCCGUCGCCGUGAUAACGGUGGUGAUCCAGUCCAUUGUAGGAUGCAUCAUUGACUCUUUCAUGAUCGGCACCAUCAUGGCCAAGAUGGCCCGGCCAAAGAAGAGGAACCAGACCCUCAUGUUCUCCAAAAACGCGGUGAUCUCUUUACGCGACGGCAAGCUCUGCCUCAUGUGGAGGGUGGGCAACCUGCGAAGGAGCCACAUCGUGGAAGCUCACGUCCGAGCACAGCUGAUACGCUCGUACGUCACAGCCGAGGGCGAGUUCAUCCCCUUGGAGCAGAUGGACCUCAACGUGGGCUACGACGAGGGCACGGACAGGCUGUUCCUGGUGUCUCCGCUGGUUAUCGUCCAUGAGAUAGACAAAGACAGCCCGCUGUACACCAUCAGCCGAGCAGACCUGGAGGCAGACGACUUUGAGAUCGUUGUGAUCUUGGAGGGGAUGGUGGAGGCCACAGCCAUGACCACCCAGUUCCGCAGCUCCUACCUUUCCAGAGAGAUCUUCUGGGGUCACCGGUUUGAGCCGGUGAUUUAUGAAGACCGGGACCGCUACAAAGUAGACUACGCCCGCUUCCACAAGACCUACGAGGUGCCGUCAACGCCUCAUCUCAGCGCCAAAGAGCUCGACGAAGCCGCAAGUCGAGCAUCUUCCGCCGCUUCGCCUGUUUCUGCCUGCAGGUCCGCGAAAGACUUGAUCCCCCACUCGCUGAGCGCCUUCUGCUACGAGAACGAGGUGGCGCUCAGCUGUGGGGAGGAAGAAGAGGACAUAUUUGACGCCUCUCAGAUCGGUGGAAAGGAGAGAGCUGAGGAAAGAAGGACUUCGGUCACGGUCGACUUCCCAAACAUGUUUCACGACACGGCGACGAUCACCUCAGGCAGUCACAAUGUCAUGUGUGUUUUGGACAUGGACAACAACCAGAUGGAGUUUGACAUCCUUCAGACUGCCAUUCCUCUUGAUCCAGUGACUUACAAGAGUGAACAGGAGAUCUGAAAGGCUGAUCUCUUCUUUCAACCCAAAAAUCUGGAGCUGAUGAUAGAAUUAUUGAUGAUCUGUUCAGCUUUGGUCUGCAUGUACAGAAGCUGAAACCUCCUCUGCCUUUCCAGUGUUGUUUUGCAGGUGUAUUUAUUUCCCGUUCUCCUUACAGUGUUUAGAAAUGAAGAUCGAUUAAGAUUAGAUUACGAGUAACUUUAGGGAAAGGUGAAAUCGAGUGAUUCUGCAGCAUGAGAAAAAAAAAAAACUGAAACAAAGUGAUGACAGACUUUCAGCUCCUUUUCAUCAGGAAAGCACAAUGAUAUAAUAGUUUAGACAUCUAAGUCAUCUUUUAAACUAUAUCCACGUAUUUAACAUAGAUUUAAAUUAACUUUUUUAGAUAUGUAACUGU